AUGAAACUGCUAGCGCCGCUUGAUACUGAAUUAGGGUUAGCAUGUUCAGGUUACACUCAUCAGUACCUUCAUAAAUAACUAGAGCAUAGUUAAUGACAGUAAGUACAUAGGCCUGAUGGAUAGAGCUUAGGGUCUGACGGCUCAAGUACUUCAUCGAGCCCACUGUGCGUGAACGUUUCUUGGACAUAUUAAGAAUAUGUAUCCUCCACUUAAAGUAGACGUUAGUAUCAAUCCUAAAUGAACAUGCUUUUGAACAUACGGUAGCAUAACGUUAUCAAUAAGUAAAGCAGGAUAAAGAGUCUUAACAACACUCGUAAACAACAUACGGUAUUUUGUGUACGAGUGUUACGAAUUGAAUGGCAUUCAAUGCAAGGUACCAUCUCACCGACCAUUCACUCACCUUCUUUAAGCCAUCAUUCAGUUUAGCAGCUGCUAGUACGAUAUUAUUAUUUACCUUCAUAUACAGUGAUACAUCAUCCGCAAACAUUUUGCAUGACGCU